AUGCGCUCAGUCAAGGUCCAAGCUAUCAAGGCUCUGGGAACUGCUUAUUUACAAUCUCACGAGAUUAUUGGGCUCGCCAUACAAGCAGUCUCGAAUAGUCGUGCGCACGGACGGUCCAGUCCUUCGAGUAGCAUGGAGCUGAUAUUGGUAUAUUUACACUGGCUAGGCACUCUCCUUGCGGGGUUGCUCAGCUUGUUUUGCUGUCCAUACACAUCGUUCGGGCCGAAUCUACCGGUUUUAUGGAUUAUCCUGUUGGAUGACGUUGCGGUUGUUGCCAUUGCUGUUCUCAUUGCGUGGCUCUUCAUUGCCUCUUUUCAACUCUAUCCGUCGAGAUUGUCACAAUAUGCUGCAGCCAUUCGCCCUGUGGCUUGGGCCUGGCUUAGCUUCACAUUUCUUUACACGGUCUACUGCCGCUACCCUCGACUUGUCACUGACAUUUCAUUUUAUAGGAUUCAUGGCCCGGGACAGGAAGCCGCUAAUACGAUCAAUGCGACCAUUGGAUGUCUCAGUUUGGCUGUGGCGAUCUACUGGGUGACUACUAUGAUGAUGGGACUGAUGUCACUUGCUCGCGGCUAUUCCAGAUUCUAUUAUUCCAGAGAGCGCGGCCUGUGGGAGUUCAAUGUAAAAAGCAACCUCUUGCCAUUGAGUUGGUGGGACACUUUUACGAAUCCAAAUCCAAGCAACACACCGGUGAUACAUGCUGUUAGGGCUCAAGGUGGUAUCAUACGGUCGACAUAUGAAACCGUCGCUGGCGUGCAAAAAUGGCAUUGGCAUCCAGAUACAGAAUUCGAUCGAGACGUAUGGCCGCUUGAAGGCAUUGAUAUUCAUAUCCCAAUUAGCAUGCAUGAUCAGUUCUCAUCGAGUUGUUUAAGAAUCUUGGGCACAAUGGAUCCAUCAGUCAAAUUGCAGUCUUUUACUGCUGGCUUACAAGCCGGCGAAUAUGUGAAUCUCAUUGCACAAGCAACGUUCGCGAUAGUCCCAGGAUUCACGGUCAAAGAGCACAUCUUGAAUUCUACUGCAUUGUUCGAAAUUGAAAUGACCAACUUGGAUCACAUGUGGGGCAUGUUUGUUUGUCUUUGUACUGGUGUUAUGACUCGCAUUAGACUAAGAGGAGUCGUUGCAUUUCUCUGCAUUAACUGCUCACCCUUGGAAGUUCCUCUAAUCGAAGGUCGAGUCCGCGCUGCCUCACUGGAGGAUUUUGCACGGAUUAUGAGUGGAAAUGAGUGUCUCCUAACCUGGUUUGAUUUGUUGGUUCCUAAAGGGGCAAAGGGUACUCCGGAGAUCAAAUACGGGUUACAAGAGCAUGUUCUGACGCUAUUCCGAAAACCACUUAGAAUCUUAGAGCACACAAGGAUAUCUGCAAACGGUAAAUAG